GCCGGCGCGGCGGAGGGGGCGACUGGCGCCGCGGGAGUUGGGCGCCUGGCUGCGGCGCGGGCGGGCAGGCGGGUCGAGGGACGCGAUGCCGACCCCGCCGCCGCCGCCGCCGCCGCCUCUUCCUCGCCGGCCGGGGCUGCGCCGCCGGGGCUGAGCCGCCCUAGAACCGCGAACCGAGCGGCCGCUGGGCGCGCCAGCAGCGCAGGAGGAUGGGCUGCGGCGGAAGCCGGGCGGAUGCCAUCGAGCCCCGCUACUACGAGAGCUGGACUCGCGAGACGGAGUCCACAUGGCUCACCUACACCGACUCGGACGCGUCGCCCAGCAACGCCACCCCGGACAGCGGCCCCGAGGCGGGCGGCCUGCACGCAGGUGGGCUGGAAGAUGGCAUGUCCUCCAACAGUGUGCCCCGAUCGACAGCCCCAAGUGGAAUAUCCAACCCAGAGAAGAAGAUGAGCUGUGGGACCCAGUGCCCAAAUCCCCAGGGCCUCAGCUCAGGCCCCCUGACCCAGAAACAGAAUGGCCUCCGGACCACAGAGGCUAAAAGAGACACUAAGCGGACGUCUGGAAAAGAAGUCACCAUUAACGUCGCAGACAGCAUCCGACAGGUGGACAGAAGUCGAAGAAUCACAAAGAACUGCGUCAACUAGCAGAGUGUUCAGCCAGUUGAAGGGCAGAGGGACUUCUUUGGUGCCCUUCACAUCCUGGACCCCAUCACGGAACCUUGAAGACGUGGGUAGCCCUUGCUGUGUGGGAACGCUGCUGAGUGCCUUGGGAGACUGUCUUAGCCUGUUGGGACGUUCUCAGCCUCCUAUUUAUCACGUAAAUGUAUUGGCAGAGUACUCCCAUAGGGUAAUAAACUGCAAAUGUAUGUUCAGUUUGCCCCUUGCAACUGCUGCAGUGUGGUCUGAUGGAAAAGUGGCGAGCAAAAGCACGGGCCAGUUUAGGAAACAGAAAAGUAGAAGGGGUAGGUUCCUGGCUGAAAGAGGCACAGUCGGUUCUGAGCUCUCCUGGCCAUGGUCGUGCGCACUGUUUCAGGCAAGCUUAUUCUUUCAUUCUUCCUUUUUGAAAUACCACCAUCUCAAAGCUUACUGUGUUCACUUAAACGUUGGCUUUCACCCAACUCUAAACCCACAUGUAUGAGGAAUCAAGAAACAGGAAAACUCUCUGUUACCCUUGUUUCCUUAGCUCAGGAUGAGGUGGAUUCAGAUCCAAUUUCACACAAACUAACCCCACCAACACCCAUGGUAUGUCCCAGGGAGGGCCUCUGUAAUACAGUCACACCCAUUUCUCUCUCAUCUGCUUUCAGCAUCCCCCCAGGCCAGGGUCCACGUCAGCCUCUGAACCAUAGUAUCACGGUAGUGGUCACCUCGGAGCCCUCAGGGUUCAGCAGACAUUGCAUUUUUCCAGCUUUCCACUUCCCUUUGCUUGUGUUCUUGAGUGUUUUUUCUCACCAAUAAGGCCAUUUGCAGUUGUUAAUCAAAGACCAGGCUCACAAGAGGGAGAAAAUCUGGAACAUGUUGGCUUCCCUUUGGCCUCUCUGCACAGCCCAGGACUGUGUCAUUUGGUAUCUGCAAAGGAAUUGCUUUAAAAAGUCAGUAACUAGUUGGUGUGCGUUCACAUGGACAUUAGAUCCACAUGCACUGUGUUAGAAAUCUGUAGCUGAGGCAGUAAAAAAAACAAAAUUGGUAGGAAUAAAAUUUUCUAGCAUUUCUUUAAACAUGUUAAGGUGGAAGUAUUUUCCUCCGAAGUAAUGUAGCGUGAUUUUUCAAGGACUGUCAACAUGCCUGGAAUUAGGAAAGGUAGGACUAAAGUUGUACCGAAUGAUACCAAUAAACUCCAUGUUUAGCAGAAAUAGGUAGUCUGAUGGUGUGUAUUUAUCUAUCAUAGUCCGGAGAAGUUUAAAAAUUCAGAUACUUGGCCUCUUUACCUGCCAACUCUGUUAUUCCUCAAACACAAGUGGGCAAUGUCCGUCCCUUCCUUCCUUCCCUCCUUCCUUCCUUCCUUCCUUCCAUGGAUUGUGUAUUUAUUCAGUAAACAUUAAAUGCCAACCCUGUGUCAGGCACCGUGCAGGUGCUGAGAGAUCUGGAGUCUGGCCAGUCACGGUUGUAUAUCCUGAAUUUGACGGUGAACUUAAUAACUAGGGGCCUGGCUUAGACGCUGGGGUAUAGUGUAUGGUGUGAAUUGCUCUGCAGUGUAAUUUUAAUUUUAUAGCCAGGAUAGGUUUCUGUCCUAAACUCCAGAUAUGGGCAUUCUCCUAAUCACUGUCCAGGCCUUUACUGUGCACAAAACUACACUUUCCCAAACCUUUGUCAUUUUGUGAUUCUUUGAGAAAGGGCUUUUAGGGAACUUCAUGUUCCGAAACUUUUAAAUAUAAUAAUAAAGCAAAACCUGUGACUUCCAUGACCCCUCUGGUAUGAUUCAGCAGGAGCCACCCACUGCCAAAGUUUGGCAUUGAUCCUGCAAGUCCAAGGGCUUGCUGUCCCAGGGCACCUGCACUGUGUUUUUGUGCAGAGUGUUUCUUCACCAGUCACUAGCUAACCUCGUUCCUCUUUGCAACUUUGUUUUUGCAUCACUUAACUGCAGCUCCUUGUUUGGAAUUUAUCAACUUGAGAGGGUGUCUCUGUCUUAUAUAGAAACAGUUUCUCACUUCUGGAGGAGAGGAGAAUGAAGGGCAUAUAUGAUCCUCCCCUCUCCAGAACAAUCUGGAUUUCACCAAGACCAGAAGUUAAACCGUGUUACUGGAAAUUCAUCUGGCAACUUUUUCAUGUGUGUAUGAUACAGGAAGCGAUUCUUACCGUCCUAUUAGCAUAACACUUUCUAUUGCAAAGUUUGUGUCAGUAAAGUCAUCAAUUUCAAACACACGGACAGUUACAGAGAAUCUUUACUGGAAUGUUAAAUUUGUGUGUAGAGCUGGUUAGAUUUUUUGUUUCUUUCAAACAAAGGGCUUUUAAGUGAAUCCUCCAAAAAGCCUUGUGAAAUAGGUAAGGGGAACACAAUUAGCCCCCAUUUACAGUUUAAAAAGUAUUUAUGGUCCACGCAUCCAGUAAGUGGCGGAGCAGGGAUUCAAGUGAGGGAAGUUUGCUGGCACAUCCAGUGCUUUUUCUACUGUAUAAUAUGAGGCCUUUCCCAGCAGGAAGGUCUGGCGUGGCUGGGAGAUUCAUUUGGAGGGGAAUUGCCACGGAGCUGAGAUUAAGCUGGGCACGAAUCUAAGAGGGUGACAACAGUGACAAGAGAGGGCUGGUGAGCUCCUGGGGCAUUUGGGUUUGGCCAGGCUCCCUUCUCCCUCCAGAGAUGGUGACCCUGACCUAGUGUGAGAGGCAUCUUCCGUGAAGGUCAGAAAGAGGAGAGACUUUAGGAUUCAGAGGAGAUUGAAAUUGCCCCCCUCAGAAGAGCUGCUAAGAGACGGAAGCCAGGGCAGCCACUUCUGCCAACACCCGAGCCCUCUCUGGGUGCCCAAGUGAAGGGCUGUACCUCCUCAUCCUUUCCCGGCUGUCACCCCCCCCCCCAGUGAUCCCACCCGACCCCCACCUCCCAGGCCACCUGAACACGCUGCUGCUUCCACUCCCUGUCUAAGCCCUGCUGUUUACGACCCUCACCAGCCCUGCUCACUGGCUGCCCCACAUGCCACAGAAAUGUAUCCCAUCCUUAUUUGCUCCCCUAAGUAGGGUUCACAAAACUGUCAGCCCUGCUGAACCAGAUGGCAGGUGUGCUUUGUUUGGCUGUUAACGGUGUUAAAGCUUGAGAAUGUCACAGAAAAGUCAGCUCUGGCAGAGACGCCUGGUUUAGAACUCCAGUAUCUAUUCUCCUCUUCCUCCUGCCCAUUUAGAAUAAAGAUUAUACUUUCUAGCUUCCUUUAAAGUUAGGAGUAGCUACAUUAUUAAGUUCUGGCCAAUGAAAUGAAUGACGCUUGGAAGAUUCCAGGAAGUCUCCUUAUAAAAGAAUGAUCAGGCCCUUUCUUCCCCUUUUUCCCUCCUGCUUCCUGGAAUGAGGAGGUAAUGGCUGGAGUCACAGCAGUCCCCAGGAUCAUGAGGUAACCUUGGGAAUGGAAGACAUGCCACGCUGAGCAACAAGUUAGAAGAAGCCCGGAUCCCUGAUUCCACUGAGUCUCCAUGAGCCCAGGACCAUACACCCCAGACCUCUUUUUGUGAGAGAGAAAUAUACUUCUACCUCAUUUAAGCUGCUUUUUCAGGUCAUUACUCACAGCCAAACCUAAUUCGAAUUAAUAUACAAACUUUAUCUUCUUUUGAAAACUUGGAAGAUCUUUCAUCCUUGGGCCCUUGUCAUCACUCACAUACAGUAAGCCAGAGCUGAUAAGGUUGUGUUAGCUGAAGUUGGGGGUCUCCAGCUCAUGAGGGCCCCCACCACUCACUGUGGCCGGCACACGGCAGCCUUCCCAUUUGUUACCUGCUGGAGCCCUGAGACAUUUGUGUUUGCAACCCCUGCUCCAAACUGUGUUCCCAAUAUAUUGUUUUCAUGUUCUUUUUAGGAGUCAUCAAAAUAUAGAAGGUCCUUUUACCCCAUUCCACAUUCUGGAAAGUCAAUCUCAGGAGAAUUUUAUGUGUAGGCAAACUACAAACAUGAUUUAAUGGUUAACAUUCUAUAUUCACUUCCCCUUUCACUUACUCCAUACAUAUUUACCAAGAAGUUUAAUGUGUCAGAACGUGGGAUAUGGUGAGGAAUAAAAUAGACUUGUACCCUGCCCUCGUGGAGCUGGUGUUCUAGUGGAGAAAACAGACAAUAACGACAUAAAGAAAGAAAUUAUUACGAUAAUUUAAGGUGGUGAUGAAUGCUGAAAAAUAAUGUUAACAGGAGAAUGGAUUGGAGGGAGGCAGGAAUGGAAGCAGGGACCAUUUAGGAGGCCACUGCAGCAGCCCUGGGGAGAGAUAUAAAGAACAGAAUAAUGGUUGUGAAGAUGGGUAGAAGUGGAUGGGUGCUGAGUACAUUUUGGAAAUAGAAACAUUAAGAUUUGCUCAUGGUUGUAGGAAAUGAAGAGAAGGGACAAACCAAUGUGAUUCCUAAGUUUUUUUUUUUUUUUUUGAUCAACAGAGUUCUUGGUAAGAUAGUAUAAGACGAAGUGAAAAAACUUGUUUGGGUUUUUUGACAGGGUGGGUGGCUCUCUCAGCUGGGCCAUGUUUACCAACCUGCCUUGCUGUAAGUUCCUAAACUACUUCAGCAAUAUUUAAUUCUCCUUAAAUUACUUCAAAUUGUUCCUUAAAACCAUCCCUGAUGGAAGACCAUAAAAGCCAGCAUCAGAAGGGAUGUAUACUUAAUUCUCUUGGGAAUAUGGAACAGUGAAACGGUCCUGACAUUAUCAGACAAUGGAUCACCCAGAUUGCAACCCAGCAGAGAGCUAAGUCUGGGCACGUAUUGCCAGAGCGAGCAUUGCAGUUUUAAUUUCUUAACUAGACCUUCUCCAGGUAGGACUUCAUGUUAAAAGGAAAAGGGGUAAAUAAUAUUGCCCUUUCUGAUCCAAAUAGCCGUUUUCAUAACAUCGCCGUGUGCCAGGGAGGUGGCUGAAUUUGUUCGCUUUUUAAAUUUUAUUAUCCAGAGAAAGUCUCCCUCUGUUCUAAUAGAUAAAUCAACCAUGGGAUGGCCUCUGAAACAAGGGGCUGCAGCCAGCCAGCCAGGAAAAGCAGAGAAGACAGGCUUCAGGUGCAGGAGACAAAUCCUAACCUGGCAUCUAACAGCUUUGUGCCCUGGGGCAAAUGGUGGAGCCUCUCAGGGGAAAUAAUAGCAUCUUUCUGAGAGUGUGUUGUGAGGAUUAAGUGAGAUAACACAUGUAGAUAACAUACUGUGUGCCACGUAAUAAUAAUCACGGCCCUGUGCCAGGUACAGUGCUUGGUGUGUCACACACACGACUUGUAAUCAAUAAAGCUGUCCCGCCACAUGAGCCUUGUUAGCCCCCCUUUACAGAUAAAAGGAAUGGAGACUAGAAGGUCAAAGGCUAUGCAGCUACUAAAGGGCAGAGCUGGGAUUUGAACCUAUGUCUGCCUGUCUGGGAAAACCCCUGCUCUGGCCACUGCACCAUGAGUAAGUACCUAGAAUGUGUUAAUCUUCUUCCUGUCAUGAUGGAUGGCAAGUGACUUCACAGCUCUUUUUAUAGCACUGGUGUCUCAGCACCACCAAGUUGUCCGUGUUAAUGCCAGGAUCAAUGACAGCACCCUGGAUACAAAUCUGUGAAAUUUCAUCAUUGUUUCUUUUAAACUUUUUUCUUAACAGCAGCAAAGGCAGUAGCCAUCUUUUGGUUGUGCCACAAUAUUAAAAUUCCUCUGAAGGUAAUACUAGUAAAUUUGGGGGUCUUUCUAAAACGUAUUGCAAACCUAAGUAUUAUAGAUCUAUCAUAGUAAUCCCUCCUUCCUCUUUGUUCUAGAAUAGGAAGAUGAAGGCCUGGGCUAGCUGGGUCCCCCAGGAGAAAGGGCAGCAUUGUGACUUAUAGAAAGGGAUGAAAUGGAAUAGAAUUAGUUUCUAGUGGAAAAAAACAAUUAGCAGGUGGAAAAGAAUUAUGAUUGCUUAGCACUGACGGUUGGCAACAUGGCUGCACAUUGGAAUCACCUGGGAAGCUUUAACGACUAUUCAGGCCUGUUCCCUCCCCCAGAGAUUCUGAUUUAAUUGGUCUAGGGUGCAACCUGUAUAUUAAGACGUUUCAAAACUCCCAAGAGGGUUCAAAUGCGCAUUUAGGAUUUAGAACCAGUGCCUUAGCAGAUCACAGAAUUAGUGUCUCCAAAACUCUCUGAGAGGGUCUUAAAUCAGACUCCCUGGGUUUGGAUCCUGUUUUCACCGCUGACUAGGUUUAUGGCCUUGGGUAAGUCGUUUAAGCUCUUCAUGUUCCUGUUUGCCUGUUUAUAAAAUGAAGCUAAGAGUAUCUCAUGGUGUUACUGACCAGGGUUCUUGGCCUCCUUAAACAAUAGAAAUUGACAAGAGACCAGACAAGAAAUUCAGGCAAGGCUUUACUGGGGCUCCUGCGUCAGCAGGGUGGAGCCAGAACAAGUAGCAGGUUCCCCUGCUUCCUCCCUGAAG